AUGGCUGUCAUGAUGAUAGCAUUCACCAUUGUUCCAGUCGCUUCCUUCAUGUUUGAUACAAAAGGGUUAAACAUCAAUUCUCCUAAGCAUCAGGAAAUUGAAAUUAAAUUUGUAACAUACGAAGUAAGGCCUUACGUUUCGGGUAUACGAGUUGUCAGCAUGCCAAGCAAAAGUGGUUUAAUAAGCUAUUCUGAAUCAGGUGCUACAAUAAUUUAUCCAGAUUCACGAGCACGUAUUGUAAUGUUCGGUUAUCAUCUUGAUAAAAUCGGUAUCAUAUCACUUACAACAGACAAUUGCUUUAAUUCAGUGGUAAACAUUUCUCGUCCUGAAUUUCUCAUUCAAACCGUCAAACGACUCGAUUUUGUUGCAUAUUUCGCUGAGUCAGAUGAACCGUAUCACAUUUGCUAUAAGGAACGAAUGAAUAGGAAGGAAUCAAGUGAAGAGGAAGAAGAUAUGAUUAUGAUGGAUGAAUCACGCAAUUCAAUAGUUACGGAAACACCAACUCGCAUAUAUUAUUUACCUGUGUACCUGCAGAUCAGUAUCAUUUUCAUGCUCUUUUGUCUGUCUGCUUUAUUUUCAGGCCUUAAUUUGGGCCUUAUGGCUCUUUCACCUCAGGAAUUGAUGCUUAUACAAAAAUGUGGCUCAAAAAUGGAACGGAAAUAUGCAGAAACAAUACUUCCGGUACGACAAUCAGGUAAUUAUCUGUUAUGUACAAUAUUAAUCAUGAAUGUAGUGGUCAAUGCAGCUAUUUCAAUACUGUUCGAGGAUAUGACCAGCGGAAUGAUUGCAUUUAUUAUUUCAUCCCUUGGAAUUGUUAUCAUCGGCGAAAUUGUCCCACAGAGUAUCUGCGUCAAGAAAGGUCUAGCAGUUGGUGCGUAUACGAUUUGGUUGACGCGAACAUUUAUGAUUCUUACAUUUCCUUUCUCAUAUCCGAUCAGCAAAAUUCUGGAUGUUUUUCUUGGUGAAGAUACCCUGGUGUAUGAUCGGUGCAAAUUGAUAAAUUUAAUGAAAAUGACUGCAUGCGAAGAGAAUCAAGAGUUAGCAGCUGAUUUGAAAAUAGCUGUUGGUGCUAUGGAGAUAAGCGAAAAAACAGUGGGUGAUGUGCUUACUAAAAUUGAGGACGUAUUCAUGUUAUCUGAAGAUGCGGUUAUCGACGUAGCAACAAUUGUCGAAAUAAUAAGACGUGGCUAUUCCAGAAUACCAAUUUAUGCAGAUGACGAUCGGAAUAAUAUCAAAGCUCUCCUUAUGGUAAAGGAUUUGGCUCUAAUCGAUCCACGUGAUAAUUUCACUGUCAAAACAGUUUGCGAAUUUCAUCAGUAUCCAUUGAGAUUUGUUGAAGCAAGCAAGCCGUUGCAUUCCAUGCUUGAUGAAUUCAAAGCAGGUAACUACCAUUUAGCUGUUGUUGAAAGUGCACACAGCAUAUAUCAUCGAAAAAUAAGUCGACAGACAAAGAAUCUACUUGGUAUUGUAACGCUAGAAGAUAUUUUGGAAGAAAUUUUGCAAGCGGAAAUCAUUGAUGAGAGUGAUUCGGUUACUGAUAAUAUGUAUCGAUCAAGAAGAAAACGUAUUAAGGAACCAUGUUUCACUAAAAUUUUAAAAAGUGAAGAGUAUAGCAAAGAAUUAUCGGUGCAUAUGGAACAGAUGACAAUACAUUUCCUGCAAAAUCAUCAUGUGGUAUUCAGUGAUGAGUACAUCGAUCGACAAACUUUGACUUAUUUGCUUAAGCGUAAUAUCAGGCAGAUUGAUAUGUCACAUUCACCACGAAUAAUAGGUUAUUCAGCAAAGCAACGUGAAACAGUGCCGAUAUAUUGCAUGAAUAAACCGGCAUUUCGUUUUAUAGUAAUUUUAGAAGGUCGUGCUACCGUUAAAUUGCGAAAUAUGGAAUUUGAAACUGGUCCCUGGACAUCGUUUGGAAAUGAAAUUUUAGAUCAGUUAGAUGAACUUAUCAAUGGCAAUUUGAUAACUGGCAAAAGUGAUUUUAAUUUAUCAGAUUCAAAAUCGGAGCUGAUCAAUUCAAUUCAAUUCAAUCCGGAUUUCGAUCUUUUUGUGACAAAUUUCUGCCGAUUUUUACAUCUCACGGUAUCUGCUUAUCUGAAUGUCAUCAAAGUAACUAAAAUCGCUCGCACGGCACGGAAUGAACAAGGCUCUAUCGGAUCGUUGCUCAAAUCCUCACUUUAUUCAGGAAGCCUAUCGCAGUCAGGGCGUAUGUCCGAAACACUUAUGAAAAGAGAGAAUUCUCAAUUAAGUUUCGACGACGCGAACAAUCCAAAAAGAAUGUUUGUAAAAUGUCGUUCAAACAGUGACUUUGAACGUCAGUAUUGA